ACCAGCGCACCUUGAAGUUGUCAGAGUAGAGAGCUCACUUUAAAAAAAAAAAAAAAAACUUUUCCACUUUAAAUAAAAACAGUAUUAAUGAUGUCUAGUUUUCCACGUUUUCUCCGCAACGCGCCGUUAGCCGUCACGCGUUUGUCGCGCGGCAGGAGCGCAGAGAAGUGCGUCAGUUUGCGUUUGAACUUGAGGUUUUUGCACUUUAGCUCUUCUGCUAAUGUGUCACCGACUAUAAACCAUAUGAAUAAAACCAGCUCCAGGUGUUAUGCGACUUCUGCCGGGACGAAACCGGUACGGAUCGGCUGUGCCUCCGGGUUCUGGGGGGACACCGCCGUCUCAGUGCCUCAGCUGAUCUACAGCGGGAAGCUGGACUUCCUGGUGUUUGACUACCUCAGUGAGAUCACCAUGUCUCUGCUCACCGCCGCCAAGACCAAGAUGCCUAAUCUGGGUUACACUCCAGACUUUGUCCAGGUCGCUCUGGCUCCGUUCAUUCAUGACAUUCACAAGAAAGGUAUCCGUGUGGUCAGUAACGCAGGUGGAGUGAACCCUCUGGCGUGUGCUGCCGCCAUAGAGGAAGUUAUCAAGAAGGCCGGGCUGGACCUCAAGGUUGCCGUGGUGACUGGCGAUGACCUCAUGCCCCAUAGAAACAGCCUCUCUGAGGUAAAGAUGGCUGACGACAGCGGCAGAAAACAGUUGCCUAAAACACUCCACAGUAUGAAUGCUUAUCUCGGGGCUCUUCCUAUCCGGCGUUGUCUGGAUCUCGGAGCGGAUAUCGUGGUAACGGGACGCUGUGUGGACAGCGCUGUGGCUCUGGGGCCACUCAUGCACACCUUUGGAUGGGAGAAGAACGACUAUGAUCUGUUGGCAGCUGGGAGUCUUGCAGGUCACCUGAUCGAGUGCGGAGCUCAGAGUACGGGAGGAAUCUUCACCGACUGGUAUAAAGUCCCCGACUGGGACAACAUCGGCUUCCCGGUGGUGGAGUGUUCCAGCGACGGCUCCUUUGUUCUCUCCAAACCGCCCAAAACCGGCGGCCUCGUCUCCUUCGGCACGGUCGCCGAACAGCUGGUGUACGAGAUCGGUGACCCGCGGCGAUACCUGCUGCCUGACGUCAUCUGUGACUUCAGCCAUGUGGUCCUCAAGGAAGUGCCAGGCGUAGAAGGAGGUGCUGUCAAGGUCAAAGGUGUUAAAGGCUUCGCUCCAUCACAUGACUACAAGGUUUGUGCCACCUACAUGGACGGUUUCAGGGCGACGGCGGUGUGUCCGGUCGGAGGACCGAGAGCGGCAGAAAAGGCCCGACGAACCGCAGACAGCGUCAUCAAACGGACGAAGCGCAUAUUUAAGCAGUUGAAUCUGGAAGAUUUCAGCUCCGUCAACAUCCAGGUUCUGGGAGCUGAAGACACUUACGGCGCCAACGCUCACGCCAAGGGCUCUAGAGAGGCUGUGCUCUGGAUGGCCGUCCACCAUAAACAGAAGAAAGCUCUUGAACUCUUCGCUAGAGAAGUAGCUCCUGCAGGGACCGGCGCAGCUCCUGGACUGACCGGCAUCGUGGGCGGACGUCCCAGAGUGUCUCCGGUCCUGAAGCCGUUUUUCUUCUUACACCCCAAAUCUGAGCUGAAGGUGGAUAUUCACAUUGCUGGAGAGCUGGUGGAGUCGUUCUCGGAGGCGGGACCAGACACACCUGAGCAGGAAGCCCCUCCCACCUCAGCGGAGGAUGUCCCAGACAGAGACCUGCCCAGUGGACCACACAGCUACAGACUGGAGGAACUGGCCUACACGAGGAGCGGAGACAAAGGAGACUCGGCUAACAUCGGAGUGAUCGCUCGUCAUCCUCUCUUCUAUCCCUACCUGAAGAAACACCUGACUGCUUCUAAAGUGCAGGAAUACUUCUCCCACCUCAUCCAGCCGGGGGUGCACAACGCCGUCACACGGUACACUCUGCCGGGGAUCCACAGCCUCAACUUUGUCCUGCAGAGUUCACUCGGUGGGGGAGGGGUGGCGUCUCUACGCAGCGACCCCCAGGGUAAAGCCUACGGUCAGAUGUUGCUGGACUUGAAGCUGAAAGGACUACCUGACCUCAAAUCACUAGUGGAUUAAGAGAGAGAGAGAGAGGAAGAGAGGGGAAAUGGAGACAUAAAAACACUUCACAAAGAGAAAAGAAAGUGAAAGUGAAGAAAACGCCCACGAGAGACUUUAAAAAAAACAUUUUACCUCAAAAGAAACACAGAAGAAGCAUUCAUGAAUCAUUCAGGAGUGAAACUCACAUCCACGAUGAAAGUUUUUUGGGGAAACUCAAAGACUACAAGAUUACAUCAUAUAAGUAAACUUUAUUUUCCGUGCAGUAAGUCAAGUUUAUUUUAUUUACAAAACCCAAAAUCACAGAUAUGCAACCUGUAAUCAUCAUCAAGCAGAAUCUCAGGAUUUUAUCCACAAUGCAAACAUUUAGUAGCUUCAAUCGCUGCUUUAAACAACAAAAACUGUUUCUGUCAAAGUCAGUUUGUUUGCCGUGUUGCUGUGGAGUCGUAGAUGUUCAAAUUUCCAGUUUUUUCUGGGUUUUUUUCAUUCAUGUUGACUUAAAAUUCGAGGAUUACCAUUCAUCUUUGUGCUUGCAUCAACACUGGUGAUGAAAACCAUGUUUUAUGACUGAGAGCUCCAGAACAGCUAGUAAACGGAUUGUUUUGUUAACUACUUUUUCUCAAGUCAAGAAUGAACUUUGAAGCCAACGUGGGUGGAAAUUCGAACAUUUACGACUCCGUGACAACUCCAUCUGCUGAUGAAGAUCAUAAGAUAAGAUCGAAAGCUCUAGAACAGCUACUAAACUGACCUUGAGGUGAGAUUUUAACCGCUGUGUCUAAAGUCAAGAACGAACUUUGAGUCUCUUUUGUAAGCCGACGAGCUCAGAAAAAAAUAGAAAUUUGAACAUCAACGAUUCCAUGACAACCGGGCAGACCGUGUCUGCUGAUGAAGAUCAUGUGAUAUGAUUGAAAGGUCUUGAACAGCUACUAAACUGACCUUGAGGUGAGAUUUUAAAGAAUGAACUUUGACUCUCUUUUGUAAGCAGACGUGGAUAAGAAGUGCUUAAAGAAACACAGGGCUCAGAAAAAAAUAGAAAUUUGAACACCUACGAUUCCAUGACUGAUGAAGAUCAUGUGAUAUGAUUGAAAGCUCCAAAAGUAGCUACUAAAUGGACACUGAGGUGAGAUUACAAGAAACUGCCAGUUAUAUGUUUGCAGGCAAAACCGCUUAAGUUGAGUCUGAGACAAAGUCAAAGUCUGAGUCAAAGUAGCAUCCAGACCGAGUCCUAAAGGGCGACGUAGGGAACAUUUUGGGGGGUAAACGUGAACUUUAACCUCUCAGUCUGGACCGGCUCUCUGCACCAGCUUCAGGGGAGCUGCUCUUUCGCCAUCCCCGACCUCUGACCUCCCCCCCUGAGAAGGAGGUUCGGGUUUCCCUCGGAGGGGUAAACACUGCUGCAACAAGAUGUCCUGUUCGGAUAUCAGAGGAGACACAUGCGCGCUGGCUUCAGGUCGAGCGGGCGCGACGCCUGGUUCCUCCAGCGCGUUCACCUCGAAGCGACCCGGCUCCGGUGUUCAUCGCCCCGCAGGAAUGUGCAUCUCCUUCCACCAAACCGGCUCUCUGGCUUCCAGGCUGUUUAUCCAUAAUUGCAAACAGACCGAAGCAGAUCCUUGCUGCAGCUUCUGUCGUGGCUGAAAACUCAGCUCGCCCACCUCCUCUGAAUCAUAUCCUUUUCCCCCAAAUCUUCAGUGAAGAAGAAAAAAAAAAAAAUCUCAUCUGCUUCUUUUUCCUCUUUGAAUUCAACUUUUUCCUGGCACCUGGGAGUCUUUUUACUUGAACUUUCUUGGGUUCUAGCGAAGUUGUUAAGCCACCCUUGACCUCCUUGGCUGUUUGGAAAACUUGAAUUCAGAGUUUGUGACAAAGCGUUUUAAAUGUGAAACAAAAAAAAAAAAAAGGAAUUCCUUUAAAUGAAUGAGCACAAACAUGAAGACGAACCACAUGAGACAGCCUGCGUAAAACAAUAAAUAAACAUUGGGUUUCUAAACAGACAUACAAAGACUUUUGCGAAAGCACAGUAAAACCAUAAUAGAUGACAAUAAGAUACACAAAUCCUUCCAGAUGUAAAUUGAAAGCAGGGUUGCAUGAGUAUAAAUCAGGCCAAUAAAAGGGGAAUGGCAUUGGGGGAAAACCUAAAAAUCUAUCAGCUUGUCUGUGGCAUUGAAAAGAUGACAUGGAAGUGGUCAGAUCUGCAGAGUUAGGUGUUAAAAUCAAAGCUGUAAAUUUUUGAUUGUUUCCUGUUUUCAUAAUACACCAAAUUAAAGAAAGAUGUCAGCUGCGAUGUCACCACUUAGCAUGGAAAUGUGGAAAUCUGUCCAGCUUGUUGCUGCUUUCCAAAAACUCAGACACUGUUAUUCACAGGAAGUACGUGCGUUAAUUAUUUGGAGAAACACUUGGAACAAUGUUUUUUUCAACAAAAUAUCGAUGCAACCCAAAAAUAACAGUUUGAUAUCUUCCCAAAGCACUUCAUGAAGCCCUCACAAUGAAUAUUCCCAAUAUAUAUUUUUGAAGAACAUGUAAAAAAUCAGAACCCCUCCCUCUCGUUUCUCUCACUUUCUGCCGACUUUUCUCUCUCUGCACAUACAUCUAAAUAAUUAUUAAAAAAAAGAUUGUCAACAACAUUGAUUUAUUCAAAAUAUACCUGAAGUUAAAAGCAGUACCUCAGUUUUACCCCGUAUAAGGCUAAUAUAUCUUGUUAGUUAUACCAUUACGUUUACAUUCAACAUAAACCCAAUACUUAAUUCAUGAGGAGAUUCCCAACAUCACCAAUAAAGAUUCAGUGGUUUCCAGAUUUCCUCAUAAACGCACUGUAGACAUCAAUAUUUGGCUUAUAAGUAGCUUUUUUUUGCAGUAUACACAUCUAUAUAAUCUAUACUCUUUUUGCUGUCAAAAUAAGAUUAAAUAGGUAUAUGUGAAUUAAAAAUACUUCUAAAGGAAUAUUUACAGUGAGAUUUUUUGAGAUCAUAUUAAUAACCUCCUUCCGAAACUCUGCUGUUUGAACACACAAACAACAAAGAAGAGUACCUUGAAAUUCUUUACAUUUAAAACAAAUAUAAGAAAUAUUGUCAUUGUGUUUAUGUAGUUAAACAGGAGAAACAUAAAUCUGCAUCAUCCAGUUGAACUGAAGCUACAGUAGCUUAGUAUUAAUUUGAGCCUCGACACAUGCUUCCCUCCAAUGGAAAUGUCCUUUAGAUCCAAUUUCCAAACUUCCUGUUUAGACUCUCAAGAGGUUAUAGAUAGUUAUAGAUAGUUGAUGUUAAUCAAGAUAAGAUAAGAUGUAGCUUUAUUGAUCCCCUGUAGGGGAAAUUCAGUUUGACACAGGGAUAAAAAGUAAGUAAUAAAUAAAGAUAAAAAUAGGAGUAAUAGAUACAAUAAAAUAGAUUGUGUGUAUAUACACACAUGGUGCUGUUCCUAAAAAUAUACAUACUGUACAUACACUCAUAGCAGUAUCUGUUUGUAUAUACAUGUGCAAUAUCUUGGUGACAGUUUAGCUGUUACUGGUGUCUGGGUACUGGGUGCUGUGGUGUUGUGGAGUCUGAUGGCUGGUGUUACAAAGGAGCCCCAUCAGCACUUAGACGUACAUGGCUGGAUGAGUCUGAGGCUAAACGUGCUCCUGAGCCGCCUCAGCUCGGCGUAGACAGGAUGAGACGGGUUGUCCAUGAUAGUUUUUAGCUUCUCUCUCCUCCUCCACUUCUCUGUCACUGCCUCCACACUGUCCAGUUCCAUCCCCACCAGUUUGCCCAGUUUGUUGGCACCACAAGUCCCUGUGCCACCACCCCAGCGCACCACAGCAAAGACGAUAACACUGGUCACUACAGACUGGUAGAACAUCAGCCUAGUGCACACAUUGAAGGACCUUGAGCCUCCUCAGAAAGAACAAUCUGCUCUGUCCGUUCCUGUAUCUAAUUUCCUGUUAUCUAAUCUAAUCUAAAAUUAAUUAAUGAAUUGAUUAGUGAAUAUUGAUGAAAAUGGAUUUUUUUUUUUUGCUUUAGUGAUAUUGGACGCUCAUGCAUGCAUUUUAAAUAUCAGACUUUCCAUCAGUCAAUAUUUGGGUCUAAACACAACAAGCUUUCAGAAUCAGCAUUAAUGAGCCUCAUCCAUCCGUUUAAUGUCCGUCCCAACCUCCUGACCUCAUCUGCAACAUUUUCAUCAUCCUAAUCAAAUGUUUUUUGUUUGUUUUUUCUUCAAAGUAGUAUAAGCAGUUAAUGUUAAACAAACAUUAAGAUGGAAAUUAUGCUGGGUAACAAGAAACGACAAGAAAGUUUAACGACAAAGCAGACGUCCAAGAGUUCAGCCUGGUGGAACAACAGAGAUUUUGUUCAUUUUUAGUAGAUUUUAAAACAAACAACAGAAACAUUAAGUCAAAGGAAAGGCAGUUCAAGUUCUUCAGCCAACUCGGAUCAAACUCUGCGAUUUCCAUCCAGGGAAAAGCUUGGAUUAAUUUGGAAACCAUUAAUUGAGCCUUGUAGAACACCAGAUUUUUUUCCUUCAUUUUAAUUAAUUCAUGACAAAAAAAACAGAAACAUUAAGGCUCCAUAUUUUUUAAGUUGAAGGAAAAGCACUAAGGACCAUGGACCUAAAUGAGGCUCAUCUUUGGGGAAAAAAGCAAAGGUACAAGAAUUGAGCCUUGUGGAACACCAGAGAUGUUUUCUUAAUUUUUAGCAGAUGUAAAUCAAAAAACAAAACAUUAAUGGUCCGUAUUUUUUGUUAAAGGAAAAGUAGUUGAAAUUCAAGAAAAGCUUGUACUCCUAAUGUUAUUUAACACUAAAGACCAUGAAUGUCUAAGUUCAUGGUAAUCCAUCCAGUAGUUGUUGAGAUGUUGCACUCAGGACUCAAAUGUUGCUUGUCGAGCAAAAAACACAAAAGUCCAACUAUUGAGCCUUGUGGAACACCGCAGAUGUUUUCUUCAUUUUAGUAAUGUAAAACAAAAAAAAAUGAAACAUUAAUGGUCCAUAUUUUUUGUUAAAGGAAAAACAGUUGAAAUUCUUCUAAAAUAGUUUGUAUUCCUUUUGUUAUUUUAACGCUAAAGAACAUGAAUGUCUGUGCCAAAGUUCAUGGUAAUCCAUCCACUAGUUUAGAUAUUUCACUCAGGACUCAAAUGUUGCUUGUCGGGCCAAAAAGCAAAGGUCCAAGUAUUGAACCUUGUUGAACACCAGAGAACAUUUCUCAUUUCAACAGGCUUCAAUCAACUACUAGAAACAAUAACAAGCUUCAGAUUCAUUAAGUUGGAAGAAAACCAGUUAAAGUUGUUGAACGGACACUGGUCAAACUCUGUGAUUUGAUGUUUUUGUGGGUCUUCUACUGGAGCGUCUGAGAGUAGAAGUGCCUUGCUCAGAGGUUUUUAAACUCAACUUAACCACUGAAAACAUUAUUUAAAAUGUCAGAAACCUUAAUUAACUGUUUCAUUGUCUGUUGAGGACAUGACAGAUUUUCAGGACUCUGGAGAAGCCAUUUUAAUUCUCUGUACUCUACAUAAAGCCUUAUUGUGAAAUGAUGUGUGCUUUUUGUAUCAUUGCAUUGAUUUUACUAAAGGGAGCACCACUUUAUUUUAAUGGUUUUCUUACACAUUCUUUCUCUUCGUCCAUUUCCGAAACUUGAAACUCAUCACUAUUUUUAAAUCAGAUGAUUGAAUUAAUAAAGAAUCUGAAAGAUGUUAUAAUUAAACGUCCUAAGCUGACACAGAAUGUGAAGUAAAACCAACUAGGAUGUUGUAAAGAAACUCACUUCUGCCUUCUUUUCUAUUUUUUCAUGAUGGAAGUUUGAUUCCUGUAUUUCUAUACUCAUAAAGAUGUUUUUGGGUUGAUGAUUCACAUGUUCACAUCACAUGAAAUGCAUUAAAAUAGUAAAACGA